UAAAAACCAAACAUUUCAAAUUAAAAUGGUUUUAUUAUAAAAUAUACAGUAUAUUUUGAAUUACAAACAAUCAAAUUGAUUGAUUGAUGUGACUGAAGAGGCACACUACUGUAUGUCAUCACUUCCUAAGAAUGACCCACAAUCUCCCCCUCACAAACCCCCAAAAUAUGUUUUUGGCUUAUUAUUCAAGAGUUGGCCAGAAAAAUAGAAAUUAUUAUUCAUUAUUUAUUUCUUUAAUUCUAAAUGUCUAAUUCAAUUUUGAAACAUAAUGGAUGUUCAUGUUAUAAUAUUACUUUUCAUGUUAUCGUAUUACUUUUGUUCAAUAUCUUUUUGUUACAUUUGUUUUUCAAUCCAUCAACAUGUAUUGAUUGCUGAAAACAGUAUCUGCGUGAUGGAGGUUUGCUAUUAUUGCUUUUUUUUAAUUAAUGGUAAUGAAUCAUUCCAUAUUUUAUUAUCCUCUAUAUGGCCAUUCAGAUGUUAUAUGUUGAUACACUUUAUUAUUUAAUAUUUCUUGCCUUAAAUGUGGGUCAUUUCUAAUAAAAUGUACAAGUUUGUGCUGUAUACUAAAGAAAUCAUCUGACUGAUCUUGUGCUGAAAUCAGCAUGUCUGAGAAUGUCUGGAAAUGAGUGUUUGUUUUUGGAAAUCUAGAGGACUAUGCAAGUCUCAUGUAAUUGUAGUCUGAUUUUAUGAUGGUUUUAAAUAAAAAAAAGAAGAAGUAGUAGUAGUUUGCCUUAUCACGGUUUCAUAUCUUUCAUACAGAAUAUGCUUUUUUAAGCUUUUGAUUCAACUUUGCUGCAUGUAAUGUUUAUUACAUCAUAAUUUAUGAAAAUGAAUAUUGUUUUGACUUUCCAACAGAUUUCACAUGGAAUUUUUGGUUUUGCAUGAUUAAGCAAUUCUCACUUAUUUUGCAUGAAUUUGCCUGUUGCUUGGGUACUGAGGUAUAGUGUUCAACAUAACUCUAGAAGAAAAAUGAAAACUUUGGUUAUAUAUUGUAUAGGUCGAAUAUCUGGGAAAAAGCUGUUGAGACAGGCAAAUCCAUUCCCAGUGGUUUAGUUGGUGGUACACGAGUCACGUUUUUUGAGGAAUACAGCUUUGUUUUGCAGAUGAAGACCAUCAUUACAGUGUCAUAUACCCAUAACAUCAUAAAAGCAGCAUAAAUGUAAGUUUCUUCUGUUAGGCAGCAUAAUAUGGAUACUAAAUACAUCAUAUGGAUAAUAAAAUAAUAUUUAGAUCUCUAGCAGCAUUCCAAGAGCGUUACUUUGUUACACCAAUAGGAGGUGAUAAGCGAGUCAUUGAAUCAUCCCCUGCCUCUUUAAUCACUGCUGCUAAAGUGCCCCAAAUCUUGGUUUAAUGGCUCGAAUAUGAGCAUGAAUGUGUAACCGCACUAUUGCUGAUCUAAUGUAGAGACAUUAAAAAAUAGUUACCAUAUACAAAACCUAGCAUCACAUUUGCCUACCUGUGCUUUUACUUACAAUUGCAGUAGUCAUCCAAACACUUUGGUAACAAAUUUCAGGCAAAUGCAUCUCUCUGUGGUAAUUACAGGUAGCAUGCAAAUCCUUGCCACCUAGAGAGUAUGGAAAAACAGUGGGCUGGUGUGAAGAGUUUAAAGGCUCAUAUGUUUCUGAGUAGCUCAUAACAGGGGCAGAAUGGGUGAGAUGUUUGUCUGUUUUGUGUUUCUCUGUCUGUUGAACUAUGGUGACAGUGGAGGGCUCCACCUUCAAGGAGAUUAUAUCAUCUCUGGCUGGUUCCCUCUCCAUAAUUCAGAUUCCACACUCCCACCGACACCUUACCUGACUGACUGCACACAAGGCUUGACCAAUAAGCAUGGCUAUCAUCUGGUGCAGGCCUUCAGAUAUGCCGUGGACGAAAUUAACAACGGCACCCAGAAUAAGCUGCUACUUCCAGGGGUUACGCUGGGCUACCGGACAUAUGAUUUAUGCUCCCUCCCAGCCAGCAAUCUGGCCACCUUGGAUCUGCUGGCCCAACAGGACGACAGUUCAGUUGUGGAGAGCCGUACUGUGGCCGUCAUCGGUCCUGACAGCAGUUCCUACUCUUUCACACCAGCCACUGCUCUUGGUGCAUUCCUGAUCCCUCAGAUUUCCUACGAGGCAACAAAUGAAUUGCUGAGCAACAAGAUCCUCUAUCCAGCUUUCUUCCGCACCAUCCCCAGUGACAAAAACCAAGUCAGCGCAAUGAUACAGAUUCUCGUCAGAUUUAACUGGACAUGGAUCGCUCUUCUCGCUAGUGACAAUUCAUACGGUUUACAAGGAAUGCAAGGCCUAUCCCAGCAGGCUUCACUUUACAAUUUAUGUAUUGCGUAUCAAGCCGUGAUACCCGCUGUAACUAACAAGACGAAGCAAUACAUGCAAGACAUGGUCAAACACAUCCUUAAAUCCAAAGUCAACACUAUAGUUGUCUUUGCCAAUAAGAGGCGGGCCGCUGGCUUCUUUCCUUUUGUUAUUGACCAAAACGUGACAGGAAAAGUGUGGAUUGGGACAGAGGAUUGGUCAGUGGCGUCAACAGUGAGUAGUAUCCCAGGGAUCAGUACGAUAGGGACUGUCCUCGGUAUCGCCGUCCAAUAUACUGAAUUCAGUGGUUUAGACGAUUUUGAAAGACUUUCUGUGCCCAGGCUACAAGACACUAGUCUAAACAGUCCAAUCCCCCACAGUGUCCCAUGUAUGCAAAAUACAAAUCUUUAUGAAAUAGCGAUUCAAGGCUUUUCUAUGUCACAGUAUGACGUUGUUUCCUCCUUUAACGUGUAUAAGGCCGUGUACGCGGUGGCUCAUGCACUGCACAACAUCCUGCAUUGUGACUCUGGACUGUGUCAAAAAUAUAACGUGCAGCCAUGGAAGGUAUUUCAUCAGCUGAAACAAGUUCGGUUUUCAAUUCGAAAUACAUCAUUUUAUUUUGAUAAGAAUGGAGACCCUCCUACAGGUUAUGAUAUAGUGACGUGGGUAUGGACAGACGGCCAGUGGUCAUUUAAGGUGGUGGGAAAUUACAGUCCAGCUCCAACUGAACUUCAGUUAGACGCUUCUCAGAUUAAAUGGACAGGUCAAGUGUCUCCUGUAACCAAGGUUCCUGAGUCACUGUGUUCUCCAGAGUGUCCUUACGGACACAGAAAGCUUCUGACCGGACAGCAUAAGUGUUGCUUUGACUGCAUGGCAUGCCCUGCUGCCACUUUCCUCAACAAAACAGGUUACACUUUCUGCCAAGCGUGUGCCAGAGACUACUGGUCCGAAGAAGAGAGUGAGACAUGUAAGAAGAGAGCCGAGCUGUACCUGCUGUGGGGCGCUCCGCUCACUACAGCCCUGCUCAUAUACCUGGGUGUGACCCUAUUUCUCACCCUUGGCACAGCUGUCAUCUUCCUGUUCAAUCUCAGCACCCCUAUUGUGAAGUCGGCCGGAGGGAAGACCUGUCUGCUGAUGCUGGCGUCUCUGACUGUGGCCUCCUGCAGCACCCUGUGUCACUUCAGCAGACCCUCCCAGAUCGGCUGCCUCCUCAAACAGCCCCUCUUCAUUAUCAGCUUCACUGUGUGCCUGGCGUGUGUGACUGUGCGCUCUUUUCAGGUGGUUUGUAUAUUUAAAUGGUCCUCCAAGCUGCCAAGAUCCUAUGAGACCUGGGCUAAGAAUCGAGGCCCUGAGAUGUUCAUCUUCAUCACGACAGUGGUGGAGGUCUUCAUCUCUCUUCUGCGCAUGCUCCUCGACCCUCCCUUUCCAUCUCGGGACUAUGACUUCUACAAUGACAGCAUUAUUCUGGAGUGCAGUAAGACUAUGUCUCUCGGGGCCUUCGCUGAGCUCUUUUUUGAUAAUCCAGUAGAGCCUACUAACAAUACAGAGCAACAUAAUCCCAGUUUCAGUCUUUUAGAAGCAGCCGAUACUCUAAUUGUCUCUGGACUGUGGCUGCUUGGCAUAUGCGUAGCCAGUGGGCAGAAUGACAGAGAAAGCCUAAUUGUGUUGGCUACCGAAAGGGCAGAGCACCCGGUUCAGCUGCCCUGCGUGAACAUCUGUCAUUGUGCCCCACUCUCAUGGGUGCCCAGUUACACUCUAAACAAUUUGGAGAACAGAUUUAAUUGAGCAGCUGAUUUAAAUCAUGAUCUUGGUUUUGGAGAUAAAAGGACAGAUGGCUUCACUUGUCCUGUUUGUCUUUAGUAAGUCUUUAAAGGAAUAGUUCACCUGAAAAUGAACAUUUGUUGAAAAACGUAUUCACCCUCAGGCCAUCCAAGAUGUAGACGAGUUUGUUUCUUCAUCAGAACAGAUUUGGAGA